AUGUCUAAAUCAAGUAUAUCGAUUCUCUUGACUGAAUCUAAUUUUUUGAAUGACUUGAUUUUUAGGCUAACGGGAACAUGUUUUAAGGUAAUACUACAAAGUGAAGAUCAAGUUGAGAUUUCUUUCAUUCGAAAAUGGAAAAAUGGAAUGAGCUUUCCGAUUAAUGUGGAAAUAAGGUACAUAAUGUUGCGUGGGAGCUCUGGAUUCUAUUCUUACGCAAUAUUUGAGCGACCCAGAGGCUGGCCUUCUCUAAAGAUGGCCCAAAUCUGUGAUUAUCAACGUUUUCCUGACUUUGCUGGUAUACAAUUAAUGACGAUCAGAUUCCGUUACAUGGCUAUCUCCGACGAGAGACAAAGGGUCAUGCCUACAAGUUCAGAUAGGAAAAAUGGUCGGGAGCUGGAUUACCCAGAAGCUGUUCAACUAACGAACCCAUCUAAUGCUAGCCUCCUAGGAGAAGUGGAUGACAAGUAUCAAUACUCGUGUGAUAACAAAGACAAUCGGGUCCAUGGAUGGAUAAGUAACUGCCCUGCAGUUGGAUUUUGGAUGAUCACACCUAGCGAUGAGUUUCGAGUUGGAGGGCCUUUUAAGCAGGAUCUCACCUCCCACUGUGGCCCCACAGUUCUUUCUAUGUUUGUAAGCACCCAUUACGCUGGCACUGGAAUGGUCAUGCAUUUUAAGGAAGGAGAGCCAUGGAAGAAAGUUUUUGGCCCGGUCUUUAUCUAUCUUAACUCAGACUCAGUCGAAGAGAAUCGCCAAGGGCUUUGGCAAGAUGCAAAAGAACAGAUGCGGAAAGAAACUGCAAGCUGGCCAUAUACUUUUCCCCUUUCACCAGAUUUCUCUCAUUCCAAUCAACGCGGAUGUAUUAGAGGUCAAUUAUUUUUCUAUGACCGGUACAAUAGCAUACACCCUAUACCAGCAAUGUUUGCAUACGUGGGGCUGGCGUUGCCUGGGGAAAUUGGCUCUUGGCAAAAGGAAAACAAAGUUGGUUAUCAAUUUUGGACUCGAGCUGAUUCUGAAGGGAAUUUCUUUAUUGAAAAUAUUCGAGUUGGAAGGUAUAACUUGUUUGCUUGGGUUCCUGGAGUCAUCGGAGAUUACAAAUAUUUUGAGUUAAUCACCAUUACACCAGGAUGCGCAAUUGAGUUAUAUGAUCUUGUGUAUAACCCUCCAAGGAAAGGGGCCACUUUGUGGGAGAUAGGAGUCCCUGACAGAACAGCAGCUGAAUUUUUCAUUCCUGAGCCAGAACCUGGGCUUGGGAACCAUUUGUACGCAGAUUUUGACAAAUUUAGACAGUAUGGCCUGUGGAAAAGGUAUACAGAAUUGUAUCCUUGGAAGGACCUCAUCUACACUAUUGGUGACAGUAACUACAAAAGGGAUUGGUUCUUUGCCCAUGUUACCAGGUAUACGGGAAAUUAUAGCUACAAAGCAACCACAUGGCAGAUAAAGUUCCAACUCAAUAAUGUUUGCAAGACUAGAAACUAUACUCUGCGACUAGCCCUGGCAUCAGCAAACCGUGCAGAAUUGCAAGUCCGAGUCAACAAUGAAGCAGCCAAGAGGCCUCUCUUCACGACAGGGAGCAUAGGGAAAGACAACGCUAUAGCAAGGCAUGGGAUUCAUGGCUUCUACUACAUGUACGAGGUUGGGAUACCAGGUAAAGAACUGGUAAAUGGGAACAACACAAUCUUUCUCAAACAGUCAAAAGCAUCAGGCCUCUUCAAUGGAGUCAUGUACGACUACAUUCGUUUGGAAGAGCCACAAUUCGAGGAAGUUAAAGAUGCAAAUUAG